AUGCAGUUGGGAUUCAAGGCGUAUUUACGAAGUUGGAAGUUGAAGGCUGUGAUAGAUAGAAAAACGGUUUAUCCAAGAAAGGAUGUUGACGAAGAUCUUUUUGUUAUUGCUCAGUCUGCAGCUAAGUUCGUCUUGACGAAAGAUGGAAAUAUGAGCGAGUAUAUCAAGUUUCUCCAAUGCGGAACGCUUCAAACACUAACUGGGAAUGUCUUCACCUACGAGGAGCAAUUUAAGUUUGGCCUCGCACCGGUCGAUUCCAAGUGCCUGUCGGAAGAUGUGGUUGUGUCAAACUCUUCGUUGCUAACUGUAGUUGAGCUGCACGAAAUCAUUACUUCAGGAAGAGUGAAAGACGAAGAGAAUCUCAAGAAGCUGGCAACUAUCCUAGAAGAUCGAGUUCUAAAUGGACCCCUUGAAGAAGCUCGAAAGAUUCCGCUUCCAAGUGCGGACAAAAUUCUUCAUGAUGGUGAUCCAAUUCCUGAUUAUUUAUUCAAAGUUCCAAUAGCCGCCAUCUUCCGGAAAAACUCUAACGAUAUUAUCGACGAAUUCGGGAUCAAACUUGCUGCUCUGUCACCAAAGCGGACUUUUAACUUCGUCACGAAUGCGAUUAUGACGAAGUUCUUCGACAAUCAAUGGUUCUGGGAGAUCGUCGCAUCCCACACAAAGAAGAUCGAAUACAGCGAGUUUGAAAGACUCGGAGGUGUUAUUCUUGACAUUCAUGAAAGCAUCUGCCGCGAUUUUAUGAAUUUCCCCUAUGGCGUCCGAUCCUUGUCGUCUUCGCUCUGUUCGAAAGUCACUGACUCAACGGAGUCGAUUUCAAUCGACGAUUUAUUUUGGCUUACGACUUGUUCUUUACCGAGAACAUGUUUGCCAAGAGGCGUUUUUGCACUUUGCUCCAACGAGUCCGUGAACAACCUGUAUCCGGUUGAAUUCGAAACGAGCGGCCUUCCGAUUUCCUGUCUUCUCUCCGCGGUCGCUUUCGGAGCAGACCUCAAGUUAGAGCCAUCUUUAACCGACGAUGAAAACGUCAAGAGCAUAUUUUCAAUGGCAGUUUCUACCGCUCUUGUUCAGCUCCUGCCAGUGUUGGAGAAAAAUGAAGCUAAAAGAGUUGGCCUCUUUCUAUCUCGAUACUCGUCACAUAUUAUCUGCCCUCCUGUUUACGAAUCGGGGGAAGUUGGGCUAACGGGCCUUAUUUCUGUCAUAAGCCUUGCUCUUGAAUUGCUUCAGAAAAAAGAAGUCUCUUCCUGGAUGAAUUCAAAGCUUGAAGAAAAUCUGCAACGUAAUAUCCAUCAGCUGCUUAUGCCCAUUGUUAAUGUUUUGAAGCGGACCGAAGAUCUGACUGUAUUUAAUGCCCUCUUGAAGCUCUGCUCUGACCACCAAAUAAAGGAGCUCGCCCUGCCCCUAUCAUCCACUGCCUCCGGUUGGAAAGAAGAUGAAAGAAAAAACGAAGCACUUGAAUUGCUUUCUGCGUCUUUUCCUGAGAUUGAACCUAUUAAUUCUCCUGAAGCUCAAUUAUUUCGACCUGAACAUAUCCCUGCCAGUAUUCAGGAAAAUGUGCCUGUACAAAUAGAAGCUUGA